AUGUAUUAUCCGAGCUAUCUGUUCCCGCUCGUCAGUGGGGUUUUUGGAAUCCCAUUUUUAUGCUGGAUUAUUUACACACUUCAUUUUCAUCCACUGGCUAAAUACCCUGGGCCCUUUCUGGCGAAAUUUACCACCUUGUACGCGGCCUACCAUGGCUGGAAAGGAGACAUUCAUUUAGACAUAUGGGCUUGUCACCAACGUUAUGGCGAUGUUAUUCGCUACAAACCAGACUCAGUCAUUUUCAACACAGUCGAAGCCCUCCACCUCAUAUAUCGCCGUCCUGGUGGCAUUGUCAAGUCAAAGGUAUAUGAGCCUAUGGUGCAUCGCGCUCCAAACACUUUUACCAUUCGCGGUGGAAAGGAGCAUGCCAAACGCCGUCGAAUAAUGGCCCAGGGCCUGUCUGACAAGGCGCUGCGUGAAUAUGAGCCACGAAUCAUCCAACAUAUCGAUAAGUUUCUUCAAGUCAUGGUCGAAGAUUCAAGAUCGCCCGGUGAUUGGAGUGAGCCGAAGAACAUGGGACAAUGGUGCAAUUAUCUCUCAUUCGAUAUCAUGGCUGAUGUUGUGUUUGGGGCGAAGUACAACCUUCUGGGUGAACCGCGUUUCCGGUACGUUUGCGACGCCAUCGAUGCCUCCAAUGUACGCAUGGGAACCCUGGUCCAGGCAGGACGAUGGGGAUCGAUAAAGAUCGAAAAGUAUUUGUUCCGGAAGGCGAUUUUCGGUCGCAAUCGAUUCGUGCGUUUUGUUACGAAACUUGUCCAGAUGCGUUUGUCACCCACUUCUGUGAAUGAAGCGGAAGAUGUACCGGAUGUGUUCCAUCGCCUACGUGAUGCGAAAGACCCAGUCACCGGUGCUGGGUUCACCUUGGAUGAGAUCGCUGCUGAGAGCACAACACUCAUUGUAGCUGGAUCUGAUACGACAUCUACCAGCAUCUCCGCAGUGCUCUUUUACCUUUCACACCAUAAGGAUGUAUAUGACAAAGUUACUGCGGAGGUGCGCGGCAAGUUCAGUUCAGUCGACGAAAUCCGUUCUGGUCCCGCGCUUGCGUCUUGCCAAUUCUUACAGGCGUGUGUCAAUGAAGCAUUUCGUAUGUCCCCGGCUGUUGGAAGUUGUCUAUUUCGCGAGGUCGUGAAUAAUCCCAUUACAAUUGAUGGUCAGACAAUUCCGGCUGGUUAUGACGUUGGUGUGGGAAUCUAUUCCAUUCACCAUAGCUCGACAUAUUUUGAAACUCCGUUUGAUUUUGAUCCGAACCGGUGGCUCGAGGGGAAUGAGCAAAAGGAGACGAAAGAGAGCAUCGAUCGUGGCCUUGCAGUCAUGAACCCAUUCUCGCUUGGCACCCGUAGCUGCCUCGGCAAGGGAUUGGCCACAGUGGAAAUUCAUCUCAUGCUGGCCUUUCUGUUCUAUACCUAUGAUUUCCGGCUGGCGGAUGGGGCGUUGGGCAGAAUUGGAGAAGGAGGUCCUGGGGAGGGAAUACACCGUCACAGGGCUCAUGAAUACCAGCUGCACGAUCAUAUUACCAGUCAGAAGGAAGGUCCAUAUCUACAGUUUAAAGUUCGGGGGGCAGAAGUAAACGUUUUAGCGGUCGGAACUCUUAUACAUAGUCCAUAA